AAGUGGGUUCUCGUAACCCGGAAGGGGGUUCCUUCUCUGGCUGUCCUCUUGAUGUUUUCUAGCUGCUGCUCCUUCUGCAGCUAAGGGAGGCGUCGCGGAAGGAUGGUGUGCGAAAAAUGUGAAAAGAAACUUGGUACUGUUAUCACUCCAGAUACGUGGAAAGAUGGUGCAAGGAAUACCACAGAAAGUGGUGGAAGAAAGCUGAACGAAAAUAAAGCUUUGACCUCAAAAAAAGCAAGAUUUGAUCCAUAUGGAAAGAAUAAGUUCUCCACUUGCAGAAUUUGUAAAAGUUCUGUGCACCAACCGGGUUCUCAUUACUGCCAGGGCUGUGCCUACAAAAAGGGUAUCUGUGCGAUGUGUGGGAAAAAAGUUUUGGAUACCAAAAACUAUAAGCAAACAUCUGUCUAGAUGUAUUAAUGAAGUUUUUGCCUUUCUAUAUGAUUUUACUUUUUGUUUUGAAUUUUUAAGGCAUAACAUAGUUGUUCAGGUUACAAAAUAAUGUGUUUUAAGACAAUUAACUUUAAACCACGGAAGUUAAUUGGUAUUAUUCUUUUGCUCUCAAGAAGUUCUGAACAGCAACAAUGUAAUUAGUUUUCUGCCAUAAGUUGUUAUUUUCCUUACAAGCAUCUUAUCAAAUUGGAGUAAGUGGCAAAUUUAACAAAAAAAAUGUUUUCCCAGUAC